AUGUCUCCUGGGCAAUCGCGUUCGGAGGUCAUCAACGCUCGAGGAGUAACAGUAGACGUGGACGUGCUUCCGACAGUGUCUGGAGCGACGACACGGAAGAGGGUCUCUGCCGCGUUGGACGACGACGAUCUCCAGGUUCUAGCUCGCUUCUUCCACGCCAGCGUGGCUGGCACAGGCUCCAUCGGCGCAUCCCAGCCUCCUUUGACAGCAUCGUGA